AUGAGUGUUUUUUUGGAAACCAGCAGGGGAAAUUUGGUUCUCGACCUAGAUAAAAAGAAUGCCAGAAAGAAAUUCUUGAUCGUGGCAUUGGCCCAUUUGAACCACUGGAUCUUAUCUGAUUUCGACUACGAAAAAGAUGUCCUGUUGACUGGGCAACUUGCUGAUGUUCCAGAAGCUGUUAAAGCUGAAUUGGAUAAAAAGGAGUUGGAGGAUACGCCAGGCACAAAGGAGGAGCUGGCGCCACCCGGAUCGGUGGAGUUUCUAGGCUCCGAAGAUGGCUUCCAACUCCGUAUCCUCUUGGACUCCAGGUCAUCAAAAGACGUUGUUGGAAAGGUUGCAGAGGGCUUGGACGUUCUAGAUAACGUCAACAAGCUGGACGGGAAGCUCAAGAUCUUGCACACCCACGUGGUCUUUGAUCCUUUCCUGUUGGACUUGAGCUCUUUGGGUCAGCGCAAAACGGAGACAGAUUUCCUGGCUGAACAGAUCAAGGAGCUCCUCAAGGCUUCAAGGGCCCCUGAAGACGAUAAGGCGUCUGUGGAGGCGUUGGCGUUGGAGCUUUUGGGCGACCUUUCCCACUACAAGGUGAAACCAUCACCUCAAACGCUAUUUAUUGCCAAGUUGAACCCGAUAACUACAGAAAACUCGCUCGAAGUGAUUUUCUCAAGGUUCGGCGCCGUCAAGAAAGCCAACAUCAUGAAGGGUAAGAAAACGCCGUAUGCAUUUGUGGAGUUUGAAAGUCAGGAGUCUGCUGAAUCGGCUUAUACUCAGCUUCACGACAACUGUACGAUCGAUGGCCACCAGGUCGUUGUUGAUUUCUCCCAGUCCACCAGCCGUCCAGGCGACGUUGGUUUCAACGAGGACAAUUUUGAGGAAUGA